GGCGAACAAACGCGUUUGCUCUCAGAAGUGUGAAGGAUAGCUAAGAAAAUGGUGUUCUUGAAAUCGUCCGAUGAUAUCUUGUCGCAAAAUUCGUCCAGAAUUUGCAAUAAAAAAUUAUUUGGUGCUAUCUUGAACUCGACAAAUGGAGUUGCGUUGAAUCGACGGAGAAGAAAACUACUUCUUACACAUUAGGUUUUGCUUCUUCUUUCUGCUACUUAACAAAGGAAAAAUGAUGUUAUCAUAUUGGAGGAUUGCACAUUCCUUCGGCUCUCCUUUUGGAAGAUGCUCAAGAACAACUUGGACAGAGUUGCCCAAUCCUUCGAUCAGUCCUUUUGAAGAUGCUUAAGAAUAAAUUGGUACGUCCAAAUCCAAGCUUGAUGUGAUUUACCUUGCUAUCAUUGUUUCUUCAAGUUCGCAUGAUUGUCAUUAUGAUUUUUGCUGGACAUUCUUUAGACAUCAAAAUAUUUCACUAAACAUGUUUAUGAAGCUUGUUACAGUAGAUUAAUUAAGUGAUUUAUUGUACAUUUUUUGCACCAACAUUAGUUGGCAGUGAUGUUGAGGCAAAGCAACAGUAUUAACAUAUAUUUUCUUAUACCUUUGUUUAGUUCUUGACUUCUUUCAUAAUUCUGAUUUGAAUGAUUUUACUGCUUAUUGGCCACAAAUAAUAGAUCUACCAUCCCGGGCCCCACUUGUGGGAUUUAACUGGCUAUGUAGUUGUUGUUAUUUUUUGGGAGUAGAAUUCUGUUUCCAUAAUUUUGUGGAAGUGCAUAUAACUUCCAUGUGAAAUUUGUGGUCUGUGAACUAUUAUCACCCAGAUUUUGGAACCUUUUGUUGUCAGGUAAUGAUGAAAAAGAACUGAGAGUGUAAUACACUGUAGCACUGGUGGGAAAUUAUACAGGAAUUUUAUAUGGACUAUGAUCGAUCAACUUGGGUGUGCCAGUUCUUUCUGCAAACAACAAGUAAAUAGUAUUGUUUUUAAUUCUAAAUAACAAUAUUACCACUAACGUUAGAGAUCCUUAGCUUAACCAUGUCAUAGAUUCGUCCCAUGAUUAUAGCAGUCGUAGCAUUAUUUUGUUGUACAGUUCAAUGCUUUAUCAUACUGUCUAUGGUAUUUUGCCAUUGCUUCUUCAUUUUCGAUAUUUCCUUUUUUUCGAUCUGCUUUUGACUGUUUUUUCUUGAGCUGAGGGUCUAUUGGUAACAACCUCUCUACCCCUAAGGUAGGGGUAAGGUCAGAACCCUCUUUUUUGGAUUACAUUGGAUAUGUUGUUGUUGUUGUUGAAAUGUGUGAUUCUAUUUGUAAGGUACUCUCGAGGUCAAACAUCUAGAGCACGACAAAUAAACAUUUAUUGUUCACACGUCUUCAUAAAGAAAUCCAAUCAAUGGUUAAAUGAAGGGUCGUUUCUUUAUUAAUGAUGAACACAUCUUAGAACUAAUCCUAAUAAAUAUGGAACUAGCGAUGACUUCAAAAUUAAUGCCUAGUAACUCUCUUGGGGGUGGGGGCAAGAAGGAAAAGGGAGUUACGACAUGGUGCUCCUGCUAUUUAAAGGCCCUUCUUCCCCUGAUAUGAUCCAAUAUAGAGAAGACAUGGAUUUUGAUAGUUCGUGAAUGGAACUCCCAAAAUCCUCAUCAGCACUACCUUCAGAAUUGCAAAUACCGAUUCGUAUGCAUAGCUCCAUGCCAAGUAACAACAAAAUUCAGCAGGAUGAAGAUGAAAGGGACCCAAGGUUUAUGCAAUUGCUAAAAGAAAAUCUCUCCUGUUUCUGGAAUCGACAAAAGGAAGAAAUUCUACGUGCAGAUCCAAAGAGAAAACCUGAGAUGCCCAUUUCAAGGAUCAGACGGGCUAUGAAGUCAAAUGAUCAAGUAAAGAUGGUUAGCGCACAUUCUACGGUUUUGCUUUCGAAAGCAAUUGAGAUGUUCAUCAUGGAGCUCACCCUUCGUGCGUGGAUGCAAGCUGAUCAAGGCAAAUGCCGAACUCUGAAGCGUUAUGACUUUGCUAGGGCCAUAAGGGAUGAAGAGCUUUUCGAUUUCCUCUCUGACAUCGUUCCACUCCAGACAUCUAAGCUACAGUGCCAAUUUCAGGUGCAAAAGGAGGCAAAUGAUGGCCAAGGAAAUGACUCUAACCCAGCUUAUCAGGUGGUUCAAUCUAAUAACAUUUCAUGCCAAUAUCAGGUGCAAGAGGCAAAUGAUGGCCAAGGAAAUGAAUCUCACCCAGCUUAUCAAGUGCUUCAACCUAAUAACAUUCCAUACGAAUUUCAGGUAGAAGAGGACGCAAAUGUUGGCCAAGGAAAUGAAUUUCACUCAGCCUGUCAAAUGUUUCAGCCUAAUAACAUUCCAGUGGAAGAGGAAAAUGAUGUCCAAGGAAAUAAAUUUGACUUUGCUAAUCGAAUGGUUCAGCCUCAUAACAUUCCAUGCCAAUUUCAGGUGCAGGACAAGGCAAAUGAUGGCCAAGGAAAUGAAGUUCACCCAGCUUAUCAAAUGGUUCAACCAAAUAAGCCUCCACUACCGUGCCAAUUUCAGGUGCAAAAGGAGGCAAAUGAUGGCCAAGGAAAUGAAUCUAACGCAGCUUAUCAAGUGGUUCAACCUUGUAACAUUCCACUGAAGUACCAAUUUCAGGUAGAAGAGGAUGCGAAUGGUAGCCAAGGAAAUGAAUUUCACCCGGCGUGUCAAAUGGUUCAGCCUCAUAAAAUUCCAGCUUCUUUCAUCAGUAACCAAGCAAUUCCAGCGCCUCUGACUAAUUUAUCUCCUGAAGCGCAGUUCAACAUUGAUGAUUUUUUAAUGGAAGAGGCAGAUGAUGUGCAAGGAAAUAAAUUUCACCUGGCUAAUCAAAUGGUUCAGCCUCAUAACAUUCCACAGCUGUACCAAUUUCAGGUGCGAGGUGAGGAAAAUGAUGGCCAAGGCAAUGAAUUUGACCCACCUUAUAAUGUUCAGCCUAACAACAUUUUGGUGCAGGCGGAGGCAAAUGAUGGCCAAGGAAAUGAAUUUCACCCAACUUAUCAAAUGGGUCAACCUAAUAACAUCCCAGCUUCUUUCAUCAGUGCCCAAGGAAUUCCAGCACCUUUCAUGCUACCACCUCUGAUUAAUUUAUCCCCUGAACCUGAGUUUGACAUAGAUGAAUUUUUAGUGGACAUUGAGGAGGGACUUUAAAGUGGGAGUUAAACUCAGUUACUAGGUGUUUAG